GCGGUUCUUAGAGUGACAUCAGGAGCACCGCACCCCUCUUGGAUUAUAAAUGCCGCACGAACGCGUGCACAAAACCCCUUUCCAAACUCAGAGGCACGCUGUAGCUGAGUGGGCCGGUCACUGCUGCAAUAAUCAUCAUGGCGCCAGCUGGACAGAAGAAGGGUAUUUUGGAGCGUCUGGAUGCAGGAGAGAUCGUGGUCGGGGACGGAGGCUACGUCUUCGCCCUUGAGAAGAGAGGUUAUGUCAAAGCGGGACCGUGGACGCCUGAGGCGGCUGCCGAGCACCCAGAAGCGGUGCGGCAGCUGCACAGGGAGUUCCUGAGAGCUGGCUCCAAUGUCAUGCAGACAUUCACUUUCUACGCAAGCGAUGAUAAACUGGAGAACAGAGGCCACACUCAGCGCUUCACCGUGAGUGUGUUUUUAAUCUGUGUGGCUGCAGCUUCUCAUGAAGAGGGGCAGCAAAUAAACGAAGCAGCUUGUGACCUGGCCAGGGCGGUGGCCGACGAGGGCGACGCUCUGGUGGCAGGAGGAGUCUCUCAGACCCCCGCUUACCUGAGCUGCAAGAGCCAGGAUGAUGUCAAGGCCAUCUUCAAGAAACAGACUGAUGUCUUUGUCAAUAAAAAUGUGGACUUCUUGAUUGCAGAGUACUUUGAGCAUGUGGAGGAGGCCGAGUGGGCAGUCCAGGUUUUGAAGACCACCGGGAAGCCUGUUGCUGCAACUCUGUGUAUUGGACCUGAAGGAGACCUGAACGGCGUCAGCCCUGGGGACUGUGCUGUCAGACUCGUCAAAGCUGGAGCUCAGAUUGUGGGCAUUAACUGCCACUUUGACCCGGAGACCUGUGUGAAGACCGUGAAGUUGAUGAAGGAGGGAGUGGAGAAAGCCGGGCUGAAGGCUCACUACAUGAGCCAGCCGCUGGCUUACCACACUCCUGACUGCAACUGCCAGGGCUUCAUUGAUCUGCCAGAGUUCCCCUUCAGUCUGGAGCCGAGGAUCCUGACCAGAUGGGACAUGCAGAAAUACGCCCGGGAAGCGUACAACGCUGGCAUCCGUUACAUCGGAGGCUGCUGUGGAUUUGAACCCUAUCACAUCCGCGCCCUGGCUGAGGAGCUGGCACCUGAGAGGGGUUUCCUGCCUGCUGGCUCGGAGAAGCAUGGCAACUGGGGCAGUGGCCUGGAGAUGCACACCAAGCCUUGGGUCAGAGCCAGGGCCCGUCGUGACUACUGGGAGAAGCUGAAGCCUGCGUCUGGCCGUCCCUUCUGCCCCUCGAUGGCCACCCCCGAUGGCUGGGGUGUCACCAAAGGCCAUGCUGACCUGAUGCAGCAGAAGGAGGCCACCUCCCAGGAGCAGCUGAAGGCUCUCUUUGACAAGGCCAACAAAAGCCACUGAGCUCCCCAUCUGUUUUUGUAUGAGGCAUCUGUUUGUAGAAGCCAAGGGAUACUCAGACAGUCCCGUAAGUUUGCAUACCAAAAAGAUCAAAAUGCUGAAGUUCUUUCUGUAUUUUUACGACAAUUUUUACUGUGUGGAAGACUGGUAUCAAAUGCCGAUAAUUCAAAUUAGCUUUGCAGCCUGAACUAACAAUGAGUGCCUGUUUUAUAAGUAAGAUUAUCACAACCAUGAACCUUGUGAAAUUACUGUGAAUACAAAACUUAAAAGAACAGCUGUGAAUGCACACAAGUAAUGCCUUUAACACAACAAAAAGUGCCCAAUGUUGUCUUGGAAAAAAGUUGAAUGAUGUGUUGCAAUAAACUUCUAAUUGAACACAA